AUGGAGUUCACUGGAGAAGUCGACGACUUCGAUCUGGCCCUCAUCCGCCAGCAACUACUCGGGACCGACGGUAGUUUCCCGGCGGCGGCCGCUAGCCACCAGGCCCCAUUUUGCGACGACGUCAGCUUCCCCGUGCUGCCACUACCUUCCACGGUGGAACCGGCGGCGUACCAGCCCAUGUCAUUCUUCACGCAGCACCCGGAGCAGCAACAGAUGAAGGGGUACAUAGACCUGCCACGGGAGUACGUGAACUCCUCUGCGCCAGGGGCCGAGACGGGGGUGUUCCGACCGCCGGAGCUGGCCGCACCGGCGCCGGUGAUGAUGAUACAGUUCGGCGGCGAGCCAUCUCCUGUGGCUCUAAGGGCACCGCCGUCGCUGAGCAUCUCCGUACCGGCCGGCCCGGGCUCGUUCGGGUGGGCUUCCGCGGUAGCACCGCCUCCUCCGGCAGUGGCCGCGGAGGACUUCCGCAAGUACCGCGGCGUGCGGCAGCGGCCAUGGGGAAAGUACGCGGCGGAGAUCCGAGACCCGAAGCGACGGGGCUCCCGCGUGUGGCUCGGCACCUACGACACAUCGAAGGAGGCCGCGCACGCUUACGACCGUGCCGCGUUCCGGAUGCGCGGCGCGAAAGCCAUUCUCAAUUUCCCCAACGAUGUCGGCACCCGCGGCGCUGAGCUCUGGGCGGCUCCCGCUCCCGUGUCCCUGGCGUCCGCCGCCGGCGCAACGAACAAACGGAAGAGAUCCCAGGAGGAGGAGGAGCCCGAUGUGGAGGUGAUGGGAGUGGUAAUAAACAAGGCCGUCAAGACCGAGGCGCCGUCGCCGUCGUCGGCCCAGGUGUUGUUGGACACGCCCUCGUCCAUGUCGACGUGGACAGCAUCUUCGACCGUGACAUCGGCGGCUACGACGCCGGAGGGAGGUUUUCCUCCGACGCCAUCGAGCUCCGGCUGGGAUCAGUACUGGGAGGUGUUGCUCGGAGGCAUGCCGCUUCUGUCUCCCCUGUCGCCGCACCCGACGUUGGGGUUCCCGCAGCUGACCGUUAGUUAA